GUCUUCAGAGCGGUGAACGGUGCGCUCCGCGACUGGGAGCACACUGCCGGCUCCCUUCUCCCGCGCUCUACCGCUUUCCCUUCUUCCCUCGCACCUCUCUCUCCCUCUUUUUCCCAUCUUCCUCUCCCUCGAUUUCUCUUCAUCCUGCCUUCUCUCUGCCUGUUUGCCUUUUCUGCCCCUUCCCUGGCUCCCCAACCCUUCUCUCUCCCUCUUGCCCUGUCUUGCUCCAUCUCUUCCUCUUUGCCUUUUUCUUCCUCCACCUUUCUCUCCUCUCCUGUCUUUUCUUUUUCCCGCUUUCCUUUCCUUCCCCGUUCCUUCCCUCUGCUCUCCUCUUCCCUUCCCUUCCCGCUAUCCUGUUUCCCAGUCCUCUAUCGCCUUCCUUCUCUCCGUCCCGCCUCCCUCUCUGGCCCCGGCUUCCCUCUUCCCUCGGGAAGGAGAGGACUGUCAGGUGUAUGUCUGCUCUAGGGGAGGAGGGGCGCAGCCACAGCCACCUGAGGGGUGCCCGUUGGAGGAGAGGGAGGAGACAGUGGUGGGAAGGGUCCUCUAGCUUCCUUCCCACAGCCCCUCCUGGCUGCCCCUUCUCCCAGAAUGAAGUUCCGCACCGGGGCGGCCUGGUCUAACCCCGGCAGCUAAAGCUGCCCCUUCCUGGUCAUCACACGUACUGAAAGCCCCUCUGCCCCCUCUUCCACCCAUUCUCAAUCCUGGUACCCAUGACUCCUCUCUGCCUUUCAGGCGCCCAGGCUACCUCCUUUGAUCUCUUUCCUCCUGUCUCUUGCUGCCAUUCUGUCUCUGUCUCUGUCUGACAGUCCCUGAGUCUUGGUCUCACCCUUAAUCACGCUGUGUCUCUAGCCUCUGGGUCUGCCUCUGCUCCCCCUCCCCAGUCUUCGGCCUCUACCACCCCUCUUCUUUCAGCUCUGGCCCCCCACUCUGCCCUGGGAGCCCAGUCCCCCUUCAAGGACUUCAGCUAGCUGUGUGCCGGGGGCAGGUUCUGGAGAGGCGGAGUGCCUGUGGAGGACAGACUUUCACAGGCUCUCAACCCUGUCUGAGGCUGCCCUGCUUGUCAUCUCAGCCUGACCUAGGCGCCCUGAGACCCCACCUCCAUGAAUCCCAAUCCCUGGAUUUUAAGCCCUUUCCCUGGUAGCCCCCAUCUCCUCCAGCCCCAAGCUGCAUGCCCACCCUGGGAGCAGAGGGGCCAGUUUGGGGUUCCAAGCCCUCCCAGCAUCCCCUCUCCUAUCUUCUUCCCAAGCUUCUCUACUCAGAGUUGAGUGGCCGGAGAUUUAUCAGCUUGGAGGGCUGGAGGUGGAUACGGGCAGAGCCUGGGUGGAGGGAAAGAUCAGACUGUCUGCUCUCUGUCUUAGUCUGGGUUCUGGGCAGUGGGGCGUCUGGUUCCUUGGAGGUGUGAUCUUCCGCAUCUAACUUUGGGGAGGUUUAAGAGUUUAAGGGUUUCCUUAACCGUAAACAGCUGUGCAUCCUGCAGGUGUGGAUCCAUGGGGCAGCCCCGAAGCAUCUGCCCCUCUGCCCCAGCCAGCUCAUGCCUCAGCACCCGGGAGCAGUGAACAGAGCCCUGGCUGAGCCCAAACAUGUGGGGCCUGGUGAGGCUCCUGCUGACCUGGCUGGGUGGCUGGAGCUGCAUGGGGCGCCUGGCAGCCCCAGCCCAGGCUUGGGCAGGGUCCCGGGGGGCCCCAGGACCAGCACUGCUUCGGACCCGACGGAGCUGGGUGUGGAACCAGUUCUUUGUCAUUGAGGAAUAUGCCGGACCAGAGCCUGUCCUUAUUGGCAAGCUGCACUCAGAUGUGGACAGGGGUGAGGGCCGCACCAAGUACCUGCUGACCGGAGAGGGGGCAGGCACUGUAUUUGUGAUUGACGAGGCCACAGGCAAUAUCCAUGUCACCAAGAGCCUGGACCGGGAGGAGAAGGCACAGUACGUUCUACUGGCCCAAGCUGUGGACCGAGCCUCCAACCGACCCCUGGAGCCCCCAUCGGAGUUCAUUAUCAAGGUGCAAGACAUCAACGACAAUCCACCCAUCUUUCCCCUUGGGCCCUACCACGCCACAGUACCCGAGAUGUCCAAUGUCGGGACAUCAGUGAUCCAGGUGACCGCUCACGAUGCCGAUGACCCCAGCUACGGGAACAGCGCCAAGCUGGUGUACACUGUGCUGGAUGGACUGCCUUUCUUCUCUGUGGACCCCCAGACUGGAGUGGUGCGGACCGCCAUCCCCAACAUGGACCGCGAGACACAGGAGGAGUUCUUGGUGGUGAUUCAGGCCAAGGACAUGGGCGGCCACAUGGGGGGGCUGUCGGGCAGCACUACGGUGACGGUCACCCUCAGCGAUGUCAACGACAACCCCCCCAAGUUCCCUCAGAGCCUGUACCAGUUCUCCGUGGUGGAGACCGCUGGGCCGGGCACCCUGGUGGGCCGGCUGCGGGCCCAGGACCCAGACCUGGGGGACAACGCCCUCAUGGCAUACAGCAUCCUGGAUGGGGAGGGGUCCGAGGCCUUCAGCAUCAGCACAGACGCCCGGGGUCGAGACGGCCUCCUCACUGUCCGCAAGCCCCUAGACUUCGAGACCCGUCGCUCCUACUCCUUCCGUGUGGAGGCGACCAACACGCUCAUCGACCCAGCCUACCUGCGGCGAGGGCCCUUCAAGGACGUGGCCUCAGUGCGCGUGGCUGUGCAGGAUGCUCCAGAACCACCCGCUUUCACCCAGGCUGCCUACAUCUUGGCAGUCCCCGAGAACAAGUCUCCCGGGACCCUGGUGGGCCAGGUGUCAGCUGCUGACCUGGACUCCCAGGCCAGCCCGAUCAGAUACUCCAUCCUCCCCGACACGGACCCAGAGCACUGCUUCUCCAUCGAGCCUGAAGAUGGUACCAUCCGCACGGCAGUGCCCCUGGACCGCGAGGCUCGUGUCUGGCACAACCUCACAGUGCUGGCCACAGAAGUCGACAGCUCCGCACAGGCCUCCCGGGUGCAAGUGGCCAUCCAGACCCUGGAUGAGAAUGACAACGCUCCCCAGCUGGCGGAGCCCUACGACACCUUUGUGUGUGAAUCUGCAGCCCCCGGCCAGCUGAUUCAGGUCCUCAGGGCCCUGGACAGAGAUGAAGUCGGCAACAAUAGCCGUAUCUCCCUUCAAGGUCCUCUAGACCCCGAUGCCAACUUCACUGUACGGGACAACCGAGAUGGCUCUGCCAGCCUGCUGCUGCCCUCUCGCCCCGCCCCGCCCCGCCAGGCCCCCUACCUGGUCCCCAUAGAACUGUGGGACUGGGGGCAGCCGGCACUGAGAAGCACCGCCACAGUAACUGUCAGCGUGUGCCGCUGCCGGCCCGAUGGCUCCGUGGCCUCCUGCCGGCCCGAGGCUCAGCUCUCACCUGCUGGGCUCAGCACCGGGGCCCUGCUCGCCAUCAUCACCUGUGUGGGCACCCUGCUUGGCCGUUCUGAUUGGAACCAGGCUGCCCCACGCCUGGCCCUGCCGGCUCAGCGGCCCGUGUGCGCCUCUCCCCCAGCCCUGGUGGUGCUCUUCGUGGCCCUGCGACGCCAGAAGCAGGAAGCCCUGAUGGUGCUGGAGGAGGAGGACGUGCGUGAGAACAUCAUCACCUACGACGACGAGGGCGGCGGCGAGGAGGACACAGAGGCCUUCGACAUCAGCGCCCUGCAAAACCCCGACGGGGCCGCCCCGCUGGCUCCCGGCCCGACCGCACGCCGAGAUGUGCUGCCCUGGGCCAGGACGCCGCGCCAGCCCCGGCCCCCCGGCCCCGCCGACGUGGCGCAGCUGCUGGCGCUGCGACUGCGCGGGGCGGACGACGACCCCAGCGUCCCACCCUACGACUCGGUGCAGGUGUACGGCUACGAGGGCCGGGGAUCCUCCUGCGGCUCCCUCAGCUCCCUGGGCUCCGGCAGCGAGAUCGGCGGCGCCCCGGGCCCCGCUGAGCCGCUGGACGACUGGGGGCCGCUCUUCCACACCCUGGCCGAGCUCUACGGGGCCAAGGAGCCCCCGGCCCCCUGAGAGCCGGCCUGGCCCUGCCCGCCAGGGCGUGGCGGCUGCACAGGCCCUCUGAGUGAGCCCCCGGGGUCCAGGCAGGCGGCAGCAGCCCAGGGGUCCCCAGGCCUCCCCGAUCCCCGUGUCCCUCCUCCCCACUUCCCCAGGGCAACCUCCUCCUUACCUCCCUCGUCCUGAGUCGUCUGUUCGUCUCUCUCCAGGGAUCUCUGUCUCUGUCUCUGACACUCUCCCUGUCUGGAUCUGCGUUGUGCGGCUCAGACUCUGAAUCUUUCCGUUCUCUCACUGUGAUUCCACUUUCUUGUGGCUCUGUUUUGGUCUCCCCCAUUCUAAAUCUGUCACUCAUGGCUCUGUCUGUCGCCCGUGCCCGCACACACGCUCUCUGUCUGUCUCCUGCCCACGUCUGCCCGCAUUCUCUGUGGGUCCCUGUGACUGCCUUUUUGGUUUCUUCCGUUGUCCAUCCCAGAAACAAGAGAAACUUCCAGCCACUGCUGCCCACCCUCCUGCAGGGGAUGUUCUGCCCCAGACCUGCCCGCAUGGUUCCAUCCAUCACUCAUGGCCUCAUCCUGGCUCCACUGGCCUCCAGCAGAGAGAGGGAGCCAGCUCACCUCCCGGGGCAAGAGCUCCAGCCCCCAACGUGGCCGCCUCCCUGGAGCUCUGCCCAGCUGUCAGCCGGCCCUGGGCAUCCUAGCUCUGGGCAUUGUCUUGUGUGCUUCCCAGGCCCCAGGGGGAGGGAUGGGAAGGAAAGAGGGAGGCAGCUGGGGAAGGGGAAGAGGGAGGAAGGGGAGGGGCCUCCAUCUCUAA